AUGGCGUCGGAAUAUAAGGAUUCCUCUGGUAGAAUUAGGUGUCCGUGUGUUAGAUGCAUAAACAAUAGGCUUGAAACUUUACCUAUGGUGAAAGCACACGUAUUCGAUUGGGGUUUUCAUCAAGGUUACGAGAAGUGGAUAUAUCACGGUGAAGCAGAAGCAGAUGUUGCCAAUGUGGUGGACGCCAACGAUGAUGAUGUUGAUGAGAUGAUUCCGAUGGUCGAAGACUUCCUUCUACCUACAACCGAAGAAGUUGAAAAUAAUCCUGCGGCAGGACAAUUUUAUGACGAUCUGUUUGACGAGAUAGAGGCUGAGUUAUAUCCUGGUUGUAAUUGGAUAUCUUCUCUUAACUUUUUAGCAAAAUUAUUGCAUUUGAAAGUUAGAGGCAAGAUUCCGAAUAAAAUCUUCGAUGAAUUACUGAAAUUACUAAAGCUUGCAUUUCCGAAGGGAAAUAAAAUUCCAUCAACCUACUACGAGGCUAAAAAAAGAUUACAGAAAUUAGGGUUAGGGUACGAGUCAAUUCAUGUAUGUGAACAUGACUGUUGUUUGUUUUACAAAGAGCAUUCAACUAAAGAGACUUGUCCAAUUUGCGGAAGUAGUAGAUGGAUUUCUCCUGAAAAAACGGAUGGAAAAAAGGUACCACAUAAGGUGAUGCGUUACUUUCCAUUGACUCCUCGAUUAAAAAGACUGUACAGUUCAAGACUUACAGCGAAACAAAUGUUAUGGCACUAUACUGGGAAAUCAAAAGACGAUGGGAUAAUGAGACACCCAGUGGAUGGGUUAGCGUGGAAGGAUUUCGAUGCCAAACAUCCUGAUUUUGCUAGUGAACCUCGGAAUGUUCGUUUAGGUUUAGCUGCAGAUGGUUUCAAUCCGUUUGGCAACAUGAGUCAAGCAUAUAGUAUGUGGCCUGUGGUGUUGGCUAACUACAAUCUUCCACCUUGGAUGUGUAUGAAAGAUAAUAAUUUCAUAUUAUCCAUUCUUAUUCCUGGACCAAAAUCACCGGGAAAGGACAUGGAUAUAUUCUUGAGACCAUUGGUGGAUGAGUUAAAGGAGUUGUGGGUUAAUGGUGUCGAUACAAGAGAUAGUAUAACCAACACUAUGUUCAAAAGAUUCCUUCCAAGUAACCAUCGAAUGAGAAGAGACACUCAGUUUGACGGACAAAUCGAGAGAAGACGUCCACCAAGACGUUUUACUUGUGAGGAAAUAUUAGAACAAGUAAACAAACUUGUACCACAAGUUCCUGGAAAACACGAGAUGUUUGGAGGUGUCAAACGUAGGCGUAUUGCAGAAGAUCAAAAUUGGAGGAAGAAAAGCAUAUUUUAUGAGCUUGAUUAUUGGUCUUCGAACACUUUAAAACACAACAUUGAUGUCAUGCAUGUGGAGAAGAAUGUGUGUGAUAGUUUGUUAGGCACAAUCUUGGAUAAUGAUAAAUCCAAGGACACCACUAAUGCAAGACAUGAUUUGAAAAAGUUUGGAGUAAGGGAAUCGUUGUGGAUAUAUGAAGAUGACAGCGGAAAGUUAAUGAAGCCUCAUGCCCCUUAUGUUCUCACAUCUGAUCAAAGAAUGCAGUUUUGUAAAUUUAUUCGAGAUGUGAAAUUUCCAGAUAAUUUUUGUUCCAAUUUAAAGAAGAAAGUAAAUGCUGAUUUAACAAAUAUCAGCGGUUUAAAGUCCCACGACAGUCAUGUAAUAAUGCAACGAUUACUAUCAGUGGGUGUUCGCAAGUUUCUUUCAAAGAGUAUAUCGACUACCAUUUCUGAGUUAUGUAACUUUUUCAGGAAAAUUUGUGCAAGAACUAUAAAGGUUAGCGAUAUGGAAGAAGCACAAAAAGAUCUUAUUCUAAUAUUAUGUAAAAUGGAACUCAUAUUUCCUCCAGCCUUUUUUGAUAUAAUGGUGCAUUUGAUUUUACAUUUGCCUGAAGAAGCGAUUCUGGGUGUUGAAACAAGAUUUAAUCGUCUUGAUCGCAAUGAAGACAAGGUGACACCAAGAAAUCUUUUUGUAUUUCAAUCGCAAUGUCGACCUAUAACAAAAGAAACUCUAAAGCCUCUUGAUCGUGCGACUCGUGAACAAGCAGAGUGUGAACACCUAGAAGAAAUCAAACAGAAAUAUCAGGAUGGAGAUCAUAACAUUUUACAUAAGAAAUAUUUUCAGCGAUGGUUUCACAAGAAGAUAUACGACUUACAAAAGCUUAGAUCGUUAGAUAAUGGUGACGAGUUGCUAGCUUUAGCAUCUGGAUCAGAUCAUUUAGGAGCUUAUUACGAAGGUUGUAUAGUGAAUGGUGUUCGAUUUAUGUCAACCAAACGAGAUUUAAAGAGGAGCACUCAAAACAGUGGAGUAUUUGUUGCUGGAACAGAAGAUUUUAACUAUUAUGGAAUACUUGAAGACGUAUUAAAGUUAACAUUUACUGGCACAUAUUCUGUGACAUUGUUCAAGUGUAAGUGGUUUAAUACAGAUCCAAGAAGGAAAAAAAUAAUUAUAGAGAAUAAUAUUACUAGUAUAAACACUAGUGGGGAAUGGUACAAGGAUGACCCAUAUAUACUUGCAAAUCAAGCGAAGCAAGUAUUUUAUCUCGAUGAUUUACUUAGAGGAAAUCAGUGGAAAGUGGUUGAGGGGGUAAACCAUCGACAAAUUUGGGACGUCGAGAACUGUGAAGCUAAUUCAGACAUUGAUGUGGUACAUGAUAUUAGCUCAUCAAAUUUUGUGUUGACUGUGGAUCUCGGCGAGUUGGUUAUGCUACCUACUCAAAAUUCGAUUGACAUUAGUACAAUACAAAAUUUAAAUGUUAGUCAAGAGGAUCACGAGUUAGGCGAUGAAGAAGCAAAUGAAGAAUUAGAUGAAGAAGAUGAUUUACUAAUUGAUUUUUGUGAAGAUGAUGUUAAUGCUAAUUUAGUUAAUGAUGGAAGUGAUAGUGAUUAUUAG